AUGACGCCGAUUAUUUCCCUGGUCGGACUUGACUGGGCUUCAAGGCAAGCUGUUGGACCAAACGAACACGAGCGCUUGAGAGAGAUCUCGCCGAUCGAUCGGCGGCAGAAAGCGGCAGAAAUGUGCCUGCGACCGAUUGGCGGGCAAGCAAAGUGGUACAUUUACGAUCAGCAGUGUACCAAAUCGUUCCGUCGCCAAAUCCGCCUGCUACCAACCGUCUAUCUCCGUGAGUACUUUAAACUCAAAACCAGCGACGAUGUGCGCGCUAUACUCGACACGAAGAAGGCCGACUUGCGUGCCCGGAAGAUCAAGCGAUUCGAGAAAGAAUUGCGCAAGAUCACGCUGGCGAAUCAAGGUAUUGAAAAGAAGUUUGAACACGUCCUUGACCUCGCCUACGGACGCAAAGGCAAGCUCAAGUGGGAACUCAUAAACCCGUUACUAACUGAUCCCAGUAUUCCACCCCCGGAACGUAUCAUUCCCGCUGUGGAAAAGUCCCGUCCGCCUGUCUACUCAAAGGAGUUGACCGCCCUCCUUACUUCAAAGGUAUCCCACAAGAACAAGCCGCUCGGUCAUACAGCGAUCAGACGACCACCGACAUUACCUGCCAGAGCUGACCUCAAUUCUGAAGAUGCACGUCUCUUAGGCCCUUUGAGCAAACGCCGAGAGGUCAAUAUAUAUUGGCGGUUCUAUACGGAACAGGUCAAGAGGGUUUAUCCGCCCUUCCAGAUGAUCCUAGAAGAAAGGGACUCUCCUGGUGAAACGCGACAUCUAACAGACAAGGGGGCACUUCAUCGCGCUGGCAUACGUGUUGGCGGCGUACAAGGCGAAGGUGUUUAUGAAGAGAUAGAGACACUGGCGAAUGCACCAUCGCCUUCGCAGGCGGGCGGAACAUCUGGGACAGAUAUUUUCCAAGCCUCACCGCUUCGGCCUCGGUUCUUACGACGCCGUUUCGCCAGUCUUCUGGGCCGCACACCCGUUCUGGUGUACUCAGAUCCUCGGACACAAGCCAAAGAGCACCCCGGAAGCUCCAAGUAUCCCUUUCACGUCACGCCCGUCAUCAUGAUCUACGAAAUUCCCCGAAUCAUCUUCCAGAAGCCGAUGCUGCUGACAUUGCCUGGUUACAAGCGGCUGAGGAGGACGAAAAUGCGCAGAGAAAUGCUUCGAGACACCGUCGAGCAGAGAGAUUGGAGAGGAUGA